UAUCAGAUGGUUAUUAGGUGUAAAAUAAAUUGUACAAAAUGUUGAUGUCUUGUGUGUUCUGUGUUUCUGCUUUUGGCGGGAAGAAACGCGCAAGCCCGUUUGAGCCUCUCUUUGGUGUAGCCACAGGCCUCCCAAGUAUGUAAUUUUAACCGCGAAAAAGGUAUAUUACGUAAUGAACAUGGGUGGUCGAGAUUGGCUGUUUUCAAAAUAUGAAAAAAAAAACGAUACUUGAUACUUGAUUAAAAGCAGACUGAGCGACUCGUUUGAAUUAGCCGCUAGAAAUUGAUGCCUUGUGGGACUCUGAAUGGCGGUGUGAUUGACAUCUUACCCUAAUCUCUAUAGGUUGCAGUAACACAUGGAUAACACCACGAGCGUGAUGUCAUCCGAUCCACUCGGUAGAUCUCCCCUUCAGGUUGGAUUUGAAGUGUUUUUCGCGUCUCUCAUCACUGUCGUGGCGUUCCUAGGCAACGCAUCGCUGAUCUACAUCCUCCACAGGGAUCCCAGACUCAAGAGUACUAAUAACGUGUUCAUCGAGAGCCUUGGGUGGACGGACCUGUGUAUGGCUGUAUUCAAGAUGCCCCUCUGGGUAAUGUCUAUACGUCACGGAAGCUGGGCCGUCAGCGAUGUGUUCUGCCCUUGGUCCGCUGCCACCAUGUUUACGUUCGGAAUUUCGUCCAUUCUAAACAUGGGCCUCGUGGCUAUCAACCGUUACUUCAAGGUGGUUAAACCGCACGUUUAUUUGAAGAUAUUUAAAGACAGACGUCGCGCGAGGAUCUACGCGGCGCUCGUGUGGGCGGUAUCAAUUCUCCUAGCUACGCCGCCCCUCUAUGGCGGGGGCUUCAUGCAUUAUCACCGCUAUUUCUCUUUGUGUACAAUGUCCUGGGAGAUCAAAUACAUUUCUUACGUAGUCGUCGUAGUCGGAGGUGUCGUCUCAGGCACAACGGUGGUGAUCUUCUUUUGCUACUACAAGAUCUACAAGAUGAUUCAGUCAAGCUCUAACAACCUACAAGCCCAUACGGCAGCGAGCGAGGUACAAGUCACGCCCACGGCGCCAACUGUUGACAUCCGGGUCCUUAUGUCAGCCUUCACAGUCGUCUGCUUCUUUUUGGUCACGUGGGUACCGGUAUCUUUUAUGGUGACGUAUGAGAGCGCGGGAGGGCGGUUACCCAGGCUAGUAUUUGCUGUUGGCGCGUACUUCAUGUUCGUUGGUAGCCUGGGUAACCCCUUUAUAUAUGGAGCUCUUAACCCUAAGUUUAGGCGAGCCUUUGCAUGCGCCUUCAGGUGCAGGGGAUUUGACGGCAGCGGUAAUAGAGUGGCAGAGUCACGUGAUUUGCAGUUAUCGACAGCUGUUAGCUUGGGAGGAAGAGGAAACAUUACGAACAGAAUAGCACCCCUGACUUCGUGAAAUUUGUUAGAAUGGAGUGUUAGAUUGCGGCUGCGAUGAGACUAUAAGAAUCGCAGAAGGGAUCUCAACCAGUUGUGCGUGGAUGUUUUAAAAUGAUGGGAACACUUCCCUCACGGUCCGUUUGGAUUAACCCCGCUGUUAAUAGGGUCGGUACCCACAACACCGUCCGUGGUAGAUAAGCAGUAGCGAUAUUUUUAUUCGUGUGAAGAUAUGAAUAAAGUUUUUAAUUACACGACUUCGGAAACUCUCUCUUGGUAACUAGGUGUCUUUAGGGAGUGUUCAUUAAAUACGCUGGGGGUUGGGGGAGUGGAUUUUGAUUCCGUCCCCCAGGGACUCUCGCUUGGAUCAAGUGCCCCCUCCCCCAGGGACUCCUAUUUGGAUCAAGUACUGUUUACCUCAUGCACGGAUGCAACACGCACGAAUCAACGCUACAAUGUUCAAGGUGAAGAACACCUGUGCAUAAGACCAAAAGGACAAAGCUCCGGGAUAGCCGCACAAUCAACCGAAUAUGACGUCAUGACACAAGCCAGAAUUUAAAAAUGUUAAUUUGAAUUAUUCAUAUUUAAUCAUAAGCAGUUAUAUAUUGAGAAAAACAUAUCAAGGUAUAAUUUUAGUUACUCUGUAAAUAUAAUCGGUUAGUCACAUCAAGAAUAAGGUUAUACACAAAAGGCCAAAUGAUUGAUUUAAUAUUUUCUGGUGUUGGUAAAUCGCUAGUAAAAAUCAUGAAUGAAAUGAUUAUUGCUUUAUUGCUAUGUAAUACACGAAUUGUUUCGUAGAAAUAGAGUCUCAUCCAUGACAUAUUACAGUAUGUAUGCACAGGAGUAAAAUAAUCUAUUUCACUGCAAUUAAAAUACAUCAUAUGAAAUAAAUCACUAUAAAUCCUUAUAUGCUACAACAAUUUAAAAUACCUCACACAUCAAAUCAUAAGAUUAAAAAACUAUAUAUCUAUUUACCGAUAAGUAAUCCCAAUCAGGAUAAGAGGGGAAAGAAAGAUGUCUUCCUUGUCCCAACAGGAACCAAAAUUGCGAUCCGGGUGAAAAUAUGCCGAAAUACAAAUACACUUAAACAAAAAACCAUGAUAUAAGCAAAUAAAAUAUGAAUUCAUA